AUGCCGAAGAACCCUGUCAAAAACUUUCUCUACACACAGCUUUUCACUACCCCGCCGCCUGUCAGGGAAUCCUUUACGGGAAAGACAAUUAUAAUCACAGGCGCCUCAGCUGGGUUGGGACUUUCUGCGACGCAACAAAUCGCAAAUUUAGAUGCCGAUCGUGUCAUCCUCGCAUGUCGUUCAGUGUCAAAGGGAGAGGCCGCGAAACUCCGGAUUGCCGAAAACAUUACAUCUCAGACACGGUUGGAAGUAUGGCAAUUAGACCUCACAUCCUUCGAGUCUAUCAACACAUUUGCUGGUCGCGUUGAAAAUGAACUUGACCGUGUCGAUGGUCUUAUCUCGAAUGCGGGUAUACUUACAGCAGAAUGGAGAGUUUACAAUAGCGAGGAGUCUCAGAUCAUGACCCAUGUGAUAGGACCUGUCAUGCUAUGCCUACUGCUGAAAGAAAAGUUGGCGAAGAGCUCUGCAACGGUGAGUAUUGUGGGAAGCGAUAUGCACCAUUUUUCAAGGUUGGAUGGCUGGGCGGAUGUGCCAGAAGGUGAAAGUGUCCUCGAGUCACUGCGCAAGGAGAGUACGGCAAAGGCUGAAGAAAGAAACACAAUAUCGAAGCUAGUGCAGGUUCUCUGCGCCCAACAACUAGCCAUCGAGCUCGGCACUGACAUCACAGUGAACAUUACCAACCCUGGCUUUUGUAUUACCGAGAAUCACCGGGAGUUUGUCGGUAUCAAGGGCGCGGUUAUAUUCUGCGCAGAAUCUAUUUUAGGUAGAAGAGCAGAUAUUGGGGCCCGAACACUCGUUGCUGGGGUCGCAGCAGGAAAAACAAGUCACGGACAGUACUUGAGCGAUGGCGUUAUUUCAGAGUAG